UGUAUGUGCACGCUUGGAGGUGCGAAUGGAUGCGUUUAUAUAUAGGUAAGGAUGGUCAAUGUGGGGCGUCUUCGCGUUCGCAACCUUGGAUAUGGACACGUUAACAAAAUUACGUCAUAAAAUGUAAAUUUCAACAAAACAAAUAAAAAAAAUUGGUGAUUUUGUUUUUGUGGUGGUGACAAGUUACCUGGAUACCGAAUGUCAACAAUGGCGAGAGUGCUUGCAUUGCUGGCUCUCUUGGCGCACCUAUUAGUUUUAACACGCCAAGAAGAGAGUGUUAUCGCGGAAGAGGAAGCGAAAGAACACGAUACAAAUCAAGGAAAUCCUAGUUAUUCCUACAGCUACGGAGUCUCCGAUGCGAGCACAGGUGACGUCAAAUCGGUAUGGGAGUCCAAAGAAGGUGACACUGUUAAAGGUCAUUACAGUGUUGUUGAACCUGAUGGUUCUAUGAGAUCCGUCGAGUACUCAGCCGGUCCUGAUACCGGAUUCACAGCCGUAGUAAAAAAUGAUGGGGAGCCAGUUGCGAAAAAGGGUCGCAGUUUGUUUGAAGAAAAAUCUCAAAGAGAUUUUGGGAAGUUUUACGACUUUUCUGAAGAUUCAGAAGACGAAAGAGAUUCUUACCUGCCAACUGAUAGGAAAAGAGCAAAACACCCAUUCGAAUCACUAUUUAAAGAUUAUUCCCUAAAAAAACGACCAAAGUUUCCGAAUGAUUUAGAAGCAAGUGACUUUACCCAUAGCAUUACAAUAAAACAUCCGCUUGAUGAAGCGGGAAACGAGCCACAUAGUCAUCAAGGCAUUAAUUAUGAUCCAAAUUGCAAAAACAAACAUAACAAAGAAACUAGUAAUUUCUAUGGUAAUUUAGUAGAGUUUGAUAUAAGUAAAAGGUAUCCAGCUAAUAAACUAUUCCAACCAGCAUCGUACGAUGAAGAUUCGCAGAAUUCUCCAUCCAACUUUGAGGCAGAGAAACUGGCCAGCCCGUUUGGUUUUAAUGGAUACAAGUUUCCUACGUUAUCAGAAGCAGAUUUGAGGUUGUUAGCAAAUAAAUACAAGGGUCGUCCAAGUUAUGAAAAUGAACACUAUCCUAUACCUGAAUUACCGAUACCUGAAAAGUAUUAUGCGGAUGAUAUGCCUCCGCGACCGAAGAAGAAAAACAGGCCACCGAAAAUCCCAGAGUAUAGCUAUCCUAGCGAUGACAUAAACGAUUACAUACUUGUACCGAAAAAGAAGUUUAAGAACCCUCCGAGGAUCUCUGAUGACUACAGACACGAAGAUGAUGAUUACGAGCGUCCGCAAUACUCCAACGACGAUGAUGAUGAUGACGAUCGACACCGCCAGCCGAACAGGGGAGAGAAAAAAAUCGUCCGAAAAAUAAUUAAAAAGAGAAAGCCGGUCAUUAACUUAUUAGAUAUUCUUGAUAUUUAAUUUUAUUACUAAUUACAAACUAGGUAAUAAAAGUACUUGAGAUAAAUUCUAAGAUAACAGAUCUUAUAUUAUACAGACAGAAAUGCAAUUAAGGUAACGAAGGAUUUUUUUAUUAGUUCUCUGUUUGCUAGCUGUGACUUUAGAUUAGAAAUUAUGCGAUCUAAGUAAUAUAAUAAAAGAUGAAUAUUUUUUGUGUUUAGGCAGUUAAUUUACUAAUUUGAUGAAUGGAUGUUGCUGCCAUAAAAAAUAAAAUAAAAAAUACACAUACAUUUAAAAUUGAAAAGGUGAAUUGAAAUUGUAGUUUAAAGCAAUUUCUGUUUAGUUUUACAAAAUUUAUAAUUGCAUUUGGACGAAAUACAACAUACCAAAGUAUUAAACCUUAGUAUUUAAACAUACCUUAUAUUUAUUGUGAUGUUUGUUUAAAUGUCAUAUAACUCCGAAAGUCUAUACAUAUUUUUGUGUGAAGAAGGCACGAUACGAAACAUACGAUGCUAUUUUAUAAUUCAUAAGUAGGUACGAAGUAAUAAACACUAAUGUCGAUGUAAAUAGCAUAAUAAAACGA